AUGAAGGCCUACAUUCCUCAGCAACGUCAGGAACUUUUCUGGUUUGAUGAUGAUCCUUACUACUAUUGUAUGCUUGAAAUCUUGUUUUGGGAGACUCUCACAAGACCUCUCUAUAAUCAAGCUUUGAAGAAGAUCUCCAAGUUUGUGAAGACAAUUAUUCUUCGCCGGACAAUUGCUGAGGUUGGACUGCUUUCUUGUGCCUGCGUUCAUUCAAACUAA